CUGUUUUCUGCUGCACACAUAAGGUAGACAUUGUAAUUCUAAAUUAUACAAUAUUGUUUAAUUUAAAUAGCCGACAUAUUCUACAAUGGCAUCACUCGGGAAAAUAACGUGUAACGCUGAGCGAUGUCGGAAAUCCCUGUAUUGACAAACACACUUAACUGGCGCGGUGCAAGUAGCCUACUGUGAGCUAAUGAGCGGAGCAGGAGAAAUAUUAAAGACGUUUGAAAAUAGUUUAGUGCCAAAUUAGGCAAGACUGGGAAGUGGGUCAGACAUGUUUGCGACUACGAAGAGUGAGAACCGCCGUGACGGCCCUGAAAGUGAUGCUAAGCCUCCUCAGACCACUGCAACAACGGAAUACUGUGCAAAGUUGCAGCAGUGGAUGUGGCAGUAUUACUGGGGGUAUGCAAGCUGGCAGAGCUGGGUGACUCUGUCAGCUUUCCCUUUCCCUCCUCCGUGCAGUUUCCCCCUGCCGGGGACAAGCACCCAGACACCAGGGACACCUGCCUCGACGUCCGGCGGCGAGCAGCACGCUUUUGACACGGGAAACUGGUACAGCUACCCUUAUCCCCUCAGUUUUCCUGCAUCCUCUAAUCAUCCGGGUGGUGCCCAGACCGAGCAGCGAUCAGCCACGACCCCGACACCAGCUACUGAUGCCCGGCCUGCCCAGCAGCAGAAUGGAAAUGCACCUCAGGCAGGACAGGAGUACACCAUCCCCUCUCCUCUCCAGAGGUUCCUAGCUGAGACAGUAGACUUCUUCAUCCUGUUUUGUGUGAAGGCCACCAUCGUGCUGUGGAUCAUGCAUCUGAGUGGUAUGAAGGACAUUGCCAAAUUUAUUACCCACUUCAUUGUGGAGGAGAUCGAUGAAAACACGUCCAUGGAGGACCUACAGAAGAUGAUGGCUGUAGCUCUGGUCUACAGGGUGUUCGUGUGUGUCUAUGAGAUAAUCUGUAUUUGGGGUGCUGGUGGUGCCACACCAGGGAAGUUCCUGCUUGGCCUGCGGGUGGUGACAUGUGAUACGUCCACUCUGGUUCGACCCAACCGAGUCCUUGUAGUUCCGGCAUCCAACGUUUCCCUCUCUGCCUCUACAGUGCGGGCACUUAAUAAGAACUUCUCCAUUGCCUUCCUCUUUCCCGUCUUCAUCACUCUCCUCUUCUUCCAGCACAACAGGACUGUGUAUGACAUUGUGGCAGGGACCAUUGUUGUCCAGCGCAGAGGAGGCAGAUAGUCUCUCCUCCAGCAGCAGACUCUCGUAUACUUGGCAAGGUAACGACAAAGUGCUACAGGCCCGUGUGUGCCAAGGACAUCUUGAAAUCGGUCACAAAUGAACUAACGUUGAAAAAAGCAAGGCAUUGAUUCACUGGAUCACACAAGCUUACUUAAACUGCACUUUAAAAUCGGAUGCAUUGAGCUUGGUACUUUGGAAUCCAAAGAAUCCAGCUUUACAUCUUUUGGUGUAAAUUUUGUUUUUACCACUGAAUCACUUCAGUUCAAUUUUAUUUAUAUAGCACAAUUCAUAACAAAUGUUAUCUCAUUGCACUUUUCAUAUAAAGCAGGGCUUGACUGUACUCUUUUGUAAUAUUAUUAACCCAUCAAUUCCCACCAUGAGUAAGCACUUGGCAACACAGGCUAGGAAAAACUCCCGUUUCAACCAAUAAGCUGUAAGGAAACCCUCUAAAGUAUUGUGAUUUUUGAUCACCUUGAUUUUUGACCCUUUUCAGCAGAACAGAGUAUGUUAAGCUCUCAAGAUAUCUUGAUACUUUUCCUCAUAUGAUGUGAAUCUUAAUAUAUUUCUUUUGUCAUAAUAUAUUGUUUUAUUAUUAGGUUCUAAGCUUUGCAGCAUUUUCAUAUAUGCAGUGUUCUUUAUUCUUCAAGGUAGUGAUGAAUCAGAUGUUUGGUUUGCUAAUGAUUUUUUUGUUAUAUUGAGAUUAUUCUUAAGCGCUCAGACUGAAGAAAAACAAUGCCGGACUUAUUUGUAUCCAUUCUUUGUGCCUAUGGAUAUUUUGAAGAAGAUGUAUUGUUAUGCUGUGUUUCCGCCACAGUGAAAUGUAACAAUAACCUUUUCUCCCCGGUGGACCACGUUAAAACAUAAGAAAUUGUGUUUGUGAAUUCUCCGCUCAUAUUUCCUGUCUACAGACUUGUAAUUCUUGUGACUCAGGGCAGCUGUUUUGCAUCAAAGAACUACUGAUUGUCUGAACUACGUUAUUGAAUAUGCCACUGCUCAUGACAGAUUUUCAAUUAUUCACAUUGUAAAGCUCUUCUGGUAUUAAAGAUUAUAAAUUUUUUAUUCAUAUACUA